ACAGGGGAUUUGGCUUCUGUGCAAUUAACAGGAACCCCAAAUAGAUGGGAGGUCUUGUCUGCAGCUCCUGCCACUAUAAAGGAUGAAGCUGGUAAUAUAGUACAGAUUCCAGGUGCUGCCACAGUAACUUCAAGUGGGCAGUAUGUCCUUCCUAUUCAGAGUUUGCAAAAUCAACAAAUCUUUUCUGUUGCACCAGGAUCAGAUUCGUCGAAUGGUACAGUGUCUAACGUACAAUACCAAGUAAUACCCCAGAUCCAGACAGCGGAUGGUCAGCAGGUUCAACUUGGCUUUGCAGCCUCUUCUGAUAAUAGCAGUAUAAAUCAAGAAACUGGUCAAAUUCAGAUCAUUCCUGGCUCUAAUCAAACCAUCAUUGCCUCUGGAACACCUUCAGCUAAUAUUCAGAAUAUCUUAUCACAGUCUGGUCAAGUCCAGGUUCAGGGAGUUGCAAUUGGUGGUUCAUCUUUCCCUGGCCAAGCACAAGUAGUUGCUAAUGUCCCUCUUGGACUGCCAGGAAAUAUUACUUUUGUACCCAUCAAUAGUGUUGAUCUAGAUUCUCUGGGACUUGGCAGUGGUUCUCAAACCAUGACAGCAGGCAUUAAUGCAGAUGGGCACUUGAUAAAUACCGGACAGGCCAUGGAUAGUUCAGACACUUCUGAAAGGACUGGUGAGCAAGUUUCUCCUGAAAUUACAGAAACUGCCACUGAUAAUGACUUAUUUGUGCCAACUUCAUCUUCAUCACAAUUGCCCGUUACCAUUGACAGUUCAAGUAUAUUGGAACAAAAUGCAAACAACUUGACUACAACUAGUGGCCAAGUUCAUAGUUCUGAUCUUCAGGGAAAUUACAUCCAGACAUCAGUCUCUGAUGACACACAGGCUCAGAAUAUUCAGGUCUCCACAGCACAGCCAAUUGUACAACACAUACAGCUUCAAGAGUCUCAGCAGCCAACGAGUCAAGCCCAGAUUGUACAAGGUAUUGCGCAACAGACAAUCCACGGUGUGCAAGCAAGUCAAAGUAUAUCUCAACAGGCUCUUCAAAAUCUUCAACUGCAGCUGAAUCCUGGAACUUUUUUAAUUCAGGCACAAACAGUGACCCCUUCUGGGCAGAUAACCUGGCAGACAUUUCAAGUGCAAGGAGUUCAGAACUUGCAGAACUUGCAAAUUCAGAAUGCACCUGGUCAACAAAUAACUCUAACACCUGUGCAGACUCUCACUCUUGGUCAAGUUGCAGCAGGUGGGGCGUUGACGUCAACUCCAGUUAGUCUAAGCACUGCUCAAUUGCCAAAUCUACAGACAGUUACAGUAAACUCUAUAGAUUCUGCUGGUAUUCAGCUGCAUCAAGGAGAAAAUGCUGGCAGUCCUGCAGAUAUUAGGAUUAAAGAAGAGGAGCCUGAUCCAGAAGAGUGGCAGCUCAGUGGUGAUUCUACACUGAAUACCAAUGAUCUAACACAUUUGAGAGUACAGGUGGUAGAUGAGGAAGGGGACCAACCACAUCAAGAGGGAAAAAGACUGCGACGAGUAGCUUGCACAUGUCCCAACUGCAAAGAAGGUGGUGGAAG